AUGACGGAAGAAGACUAUGAUAUCCAACAUCACAAGCAAAUAACGGCGCAAAGAAAUUUCGAUUUCGUGAACUUCGGAGACUACCAAAUUAAAACAUGGUACUUUUCGCCUUAUCCUCUCUUGGAGACGGAGAUCGAAGAGAUUGCGACAAACGCCAAUAAGGCGAACCUCUGGGUUUGUGACAUGUGCUUCAAGUACAUGGCCGAUGCGCUCACUUUGGAGAUUCAUAAAGUAAUUUGCACUCGUAAGCACCCUCCUGGCAGAAAGGUCUAUCAGCGGGGUGCCCAUACCAUAUGGGAAGUUGAUGGUGCCAAAGACAAGCUUUACUGUCAAAAUUUAUCCCUGUUUGGGAAACUCUUCAUCGACGUGAAGACAUUGUUUUUCGAUUGUGACAAUUUCCUCUUCUACAUUCUGACCGACGCCACUCCAUCGACUGACCAUAUUCUGGGUUUCUUCUCCAAAGAGAAACACUCCUUCGAUGAAUACAAUUUAGCGUGCAUAAUGACUCUUCCGCAAUACCAACGCAUGGGUUAUGGGAUGCUCAUGAUCGAAUUCAGUUAUGAACUGUCUCGACGAGCGGGCAAGGCAGGCACACCUGAGCGUCCGCUGUCUGACCUCGGACUACGGAGCUACUUGGCAUACUGGGUAGCCACCCUCAUACGAUUUUUCCGGUAA